AUGGAUAAGAAAACAUACAUUGAACAAAGAAAUUAUCAGUCUAAAGUACGUGCAUUAUGUAUUGCAUUAAUUAACAGACAUGCAGAUAUAGAGAUUAAAAUUACAUCUAAACGUUCAAAGUUAACAUUACCAUUUUUGAAAAUAAAUAAAAUAAUCUUUACUUCUGAAGAUGUUAUUGACUUAAAUAAAUUAAUAAAAAAAAGAACCUCAGAUUUAGCUGAGUUGGAUGUAGAACAUAAAAUAACUCAACAAUCUGCCUUAUACAGAAAAAAGAAAAAUAGUUAUAAAGAGUCUAUCAAUUUUGUAGUUGAUUUACUAAUAGAAUUAGGUUAUUGUAUUACCUUUUUUGAAACCAGUGGAAGAAAUAAGACUUUGAAAGUUGAUACUAUUACUAGUAUUCAAAAAGAUGGAGAAACUUUUACUUCUUCUCAAUUAGAAAAAAUUGGACAAACACUUUGUAUUAACCUUGUUGAAAGAAUUGGUUCUAACCAAUCACUCCUUUUAAGAAAAAAUGAUUUUAAACUUAUUUCAAUGACUUAUGCUUGA